AAGAGAACAAACAGAUCUUUCUUGGUUUACCUUUCAUUAACGUGGUUACAUUGUCCUAUUAAAUUAAAUUAACUUGAACUAAGGGAUGUACAUGUAUGUAAUGUAUUACGCCUAAUAUCCUCAUGUAUCCCACAUUUAAGGGGCCUUUAUUUUGAAAGAUGAGGCGAGCGGUUGCCGCGGGCUUGUUGAUGUGACGCUCACACCUGCAUACGCCGCUUUACCAACUUACCAUCUACAAAACAAACAACGGACGCCUAAACGAAUUUAAUCCAAAGCCCAAGGAGGCUGAGUGUGUUCGUGGUCUCUGUGAGACUAACAGAGGACUGGAGAGCCAGUGAGAGGGGUUUUAUCAGCCUCACAUUGAGGAGUAUUUCUGUGAAUGUGUAUGCAUGUGUGUCAUGAUGGGCGACGUCACUGACCUGGACCGACAGAUUGAGCAACUCAGACGCUGUGAACUUAUCAAGGAAAAUGAAGUCAAGGCACUGUGUGCCAAAGCGAGGGAGAUUCUAGUGGAAGAGAGUAAUGUUCAGAGGGUAGAUUCUCCCGUCACCGUCUGUGGAGAUAUACAUGGGCAGUUUUAUGAUUUAAAGGAGUUAUUUAGGGUGGGGGGUGAAGUUCCAGAGACAAACUACCUCUUCAUGGGAGACUUUGUGGACAGAGGGUUCUAUAGUGUGGAGACUUUUCUGUUGCUUCUAGCAUUAAAGGUGCGAUUCCCUGACCGAAUAACACUGAUCAGAGGGAAUCACGAGUCAAGGCAGAUCACGCAAGUGUAUGGCUUUUAUGACGAGUGUCUCAGAAAAUAUGGCUCUGUUACGGUCUGGAGGUACUGCACAGAGAUCUUUGACUAUUUGUCCCUCUCUGCUAUUGUUGAUGGCAAGAUAUUUUGUGUGCAUGGUGGCCUUUCUCCAUCUAUUCAAACUUUGGAUCAGAUCAGGACUAUUGACCGAAAACAGGAAGUUCCUCAUGAUGGACCCAUGUGUGACCUGCUGUGGUCUGACCCAGAAGACACCACAGGGUGGGGUGUGAGUCCCAGAGGAGCUGGAUAUCUGUUUGGUAGUGAUGUGGUGGCACAGUUUAAUGCUGCCAAUGAUAUCAGCAUGAUCUGCAGAGCUCAUCAGCUGGUGAUGGAGGGCUACAAGUGGCAUUUCAAUGAGACUGUGUUAACGGUGUGGUCUGCUCCAAAUUACUGUUAUAGGUGUGGUAAUGUGGCAGCCAUUUUGGAGCUUGAUGAGCAUCUCCAGAAGGAGUUUAUCAUAUUUGAAGCUGCACCUCAGGAAACUAGAGGCAUCCCCUCUAAGAAACCUGUGGCUGACUACUUCCUUUGACUUUUUCUAGUCCAGGAGAAAAAUUGGAAGCAUCAGAAACAACAUCUGUAUACACUGAUUUUUUUUUCUUUUGUUUGUGCUGGCCAACUUUUAUCUGCACAUUCAGUAUUCUGUGAAUGGACCAGUUACAGCAUUUAUUGCCUUCACAUUCCUUCCUCUUUACAAAUGUUUUUAUUUAUCUUGUAAAAUGUAUUUGAACCGGUUUUAACUGUCCAUAAUUAUGUGGUAGUUUUGUAUUUUCAAACUGGUGAUAUUUUUUCCAACAAAAAAAAUAAAAU